UAUUUAUACAAGUCGCUGACUUCUUCCGCGUCUCCCCUCUUUAUCUUCGCGGCUGUUGUUUUUGUUCUCUGAAUUUUCAGAUCUAGGUUUUCUCUAUUCAUAUUAAUCUCUCUCUUUCUUCACCAAACGAAAUGGAUGCCUUGGAUUCGGUUGUUGAUCCCUUGAGAGACUUCGCAAAGGACAGUGUUCGCCUCGUCAAGAGGUGCCACAAACCCGAUCGCAAGGAAUUCGCGAAGGUUGCAUUCCGUACUGCUAUUGGGUUCGUUGUGAUGGGUUUCGUAGGCUUCUUCGUGAAGUUGAUCUUCAUCCCUAUCAACAACAUCAUCGUUGGGUCCGGUUAGGUGAUGGAGAUAUACAGCGUAACAGCGCAUCUCACAAUGGUCUAUCUUUUUCCUUUUUGAAGAGUUGAUAUCUCCAAAAUCAAUUUACAUUGUACUCCUGUACUAAUGAAUUAGGCAUUGAUUUCUCCCUUUGAAUAUUUGGUUAUCUUUCAACCAAUAGCAUUGUUUUUCAGUGUUGUUUUAGAAGUACCUCUAAACUGUCAUCCACAGAUUUCUCUUC